CAUCUUCCAAUAUUUUGAAAAUAGUUAUCAUAAAAGGACGUUAAAAUCCAAUUUUAGUUUCACAUAAAAUGCGCAGGGAAAAGAAAAACAUAAAUGUUUUCAUUGUUUUUUGCCUAAUUUUCCUGUAAUUUAAAUUUGAAUAUUUUUUUUUUCCACUGCCCCCAGAAUAGUUUGUGUGUAUUAAGAACUCUGACCCUGCUACUUGCUGCAUAGUAUCUGCUUGAUAUGCUAUUCAAUGGAUAACAGCGAUCAGCAAUGGGCGAAAGAGGCGCAAUCUAUGGUUAGCCGAAUGCAGAAGAAAUUCUGGAAAACAAAACAAGUCCUAAUUAAAGUUACUCGGCAAAAAGAGGAUGAGCAUGUGGUUGCAUCAGACGCAGAGCUUGAUGCUAAGCUGGAGAUAUUUCAGUCUAUUCAGAUGACAGGAUCUGAACUUCUCAAAAUGAUAGAAAAAUACCAGCAAUCACUUAAUGCUCUGUCUGAAGAAGAAAAUGAUCUUGGCCUACUCUUGAAAAUACAGUCUGAGCAAGACAACACAGAAGCCGGGAAAAUGUUAAGUGCCACUGGCAAUGCACUUUGCUUUUCCGCUGGUCUAAGGUUCGCACUAUGCACACCGUUAGUGCGUUUGGAGCAGGAGAUGGCAACCUUCAGCCGACGAGCUGUCUCUGACACAUUGAUAACUGUCAAUCAAAUGGAAAAGGCACGAACAGAGUAUCGAGGGGCACUUCUGUGGAUGAAGGAUGUGUCCCAGGAGUUAGACCCUGACACCUACAAGCAGAUGGAGAAAUUCAGGAAGGUGCAGCUGCAGGUCAGAAACUCUAAGACCCAGUUUGAUAUGAUGAAAAUGAAUGUGUGCCAAAAAGUGGAUCUUCUAGGAGCCAGCCGCUGCAAUCUGCUGUCUCAUUCACUAGCUACCUACCAGACAACACUGUUGCAGUUCUGGAAAAAAACUGCUCAACUUAUGGCUGAAAUACAGGCGGAGUUUCAAGAGAUGCUUCCAUACAGUCCAUCAGUCUCUCAGCCGUCUGAGCAGGCUCAUGGAGAAAGAAAUGGUACAACAGAUAUGGAUAAGCUAAUUGCAAUAAAGGAUGACAUAGGUGCACAGAAGGAAGGUGAAACAGCAUCAAAAGAUCUUUUACUGGACAGCACAGUGGGAGAUGAUUUUGCACAGGAGUUUUCGUUCCUUAGUUUGCACACCCCAGUACUCUCUGAUUUUUCAUGGGAUGAGCAGAACCUCUAUGGAGAUGCAGUUUCAAGACCCACUUCAGAAGUAUAUGACAAAACGUCACUGGAAUCUGAGAAUUUGGCAGGAUUCCUUCCCUCACAGCUACUUGACCUGGGUCUUCAUGGAGGAUGGUCAUUUUCAGGUGUUCCCCCGGGUGACACUUGGUUGGAGAGACAGCAAGGUGCGUCCACAAAUUCACCGCUGCAACCGACAAGUGACCAGAAGACUGGAAACAAAAACAUUUCAGCUUGGCUUAAUUUGUUUGCAGAUCUUGAUCCACUUUCAAACAUAGGUUCUGUAACGCAAGCACAUGAUGACAAUUUCAGUGCGUGA